CCCCCUGUGGGCGAGCCCCCACUGCGCCGACCUUAGUUCCUUGCCUUGCAGUGGUCUGAGCCGGCUGAAAGGAGUCAUCAUGGCAGCGGCGUUCCGCAGAGGCUGCGGGGUCCUAAGAAGUCUUUCUCAUUUUGAGUGGCGAGCGCAACACACGAAAGCGUCUCUCAAGAAGGAGCCGGGAUUAGGGUUUAGUUUUGAGUUGUCUGAACAGCAGAAAGAAUUCCAAGCAACCGCUCGAAAGUUUGCCAGAGAGGAAAUCAUCCCGGUGGCGGCAGAAUACGACAGAACUGGUGAAUACCCAUUCCCCCUCAUUAAGAGAGCCUGGGAACUUGGUUUGAUCAAUGCACACAUUCCGGAGAACUGUGGUGGUCUUGGACUGGGAACUUUCGAUGCGUGUUUAAUUACCGAAGAGCUGGCGUACGGGUGCACAGGGGUGCAAACUGCUAUUGAGGCGAACUCUUUGGGGCAAAUGCCUGUGAUUCUUGCUGGAAAUGAGCAACAAAAGAAGAAGUACCUGGGGAGGAUGACUGAGCAGCCAAUAAUGUGUGCCUACUGUGUUACAGAGCCCUCAGCAGGCUCUGACGUGGCAGGCAUUAAGACCAGAGCGGAGAAGAAGGGCAAUGAGUAUAUCAUCAAUGGCCAGAAGAUGUGGAUAACCAACGGAGGGAAGGCCAACUGGUAUUUCUUGUUGGCGCGCUCUGACCCAGAUCCUAAAGCACCUGCUAGUAAAGCCUUCACGGGAUUCAUUGUGGAAGCUGACACCCCAGGAAUCCAUGUCGGAAAGAAGGAAUUAAACAUGGGCCAGCGAUGCUCCGAUACAAGAGGAAUCGUCUUUGAAGAUGUCAGAGUGCCUAAGGAAAAUGUUUUAAUCGCUGAAGGAGCCGGUUUCAAGAUUGCGAUGGGGGCUUUUGAUAGAACCAGACCUACAGUAGCUGCUGGUGCUGUUGGGCUAGGCCAGAGAGCUCUGGACGAAGCUACCAAGUAUGCCCUGGAGAGGAAAACGUUUGGAAAGCUGCUAGCAGAGCACCAGGGAGUUUCAUUUCUGCUUGCAGAAAUGGCAAUGAAAGUUGAACUCGCAAGACUCGCUUACCAGAGAGCAGCUUGGGAGGUUGACUCUGGCCGCCGGAACACGUACUACGCCUCCAUUGCAAAGGCCUUUGCUGGAGAUAUUGCCAAUCAGGUAGCGACUGACGCCGUGCAGAUUUUUGGAGGCUAUGGGUUCAACACAGAGUACCCUGUGGAAAAGCUGAUGAGAGAUGCCAAGAUCUAUCAGAUUUAUGAAGGUACUGCACAAAUUCAGAGGCUGAUCAUAGCCCGUGAACACAUUGGAAAGUUUAAAAAUUAAAAGGAAUUGCUAUUGAAAAGAUGCUACAUCCUCAUGUAACUAAAUCUCAAGACACUGUUUAUGCUUAAGAGGGGGAAAGGGGCUUUAUCAUCUUUCCCAGGAAAUAAAAUAAAGAUGAGUCAUCCAGAUCUGUGCAGUUUAUUCCAGAGGUGGAAAGUGCCUCUGUUGAACUCCACGGUGAGCUUUUCCAGAUGAAUUUGCUUUAUUGGAACAAUGAGUUGUCCUUAGUACCCCCGCCCCUAGCCUAUGCUGAUUUACUCUGUGAUCAGUUAGCUACAGCGGGAGAGAUCCAGUGCAGUUUUAAUGCUCAUUCAAGGACAGGAAAGGGGGCUUAUUAAGAAAGAACUCAGUGAAAAUUCUAAAAUAACCAUUGAAAACCUGGUAGAUUUGGACCCAUCAGACUCCAAAUACUUAAAAGCAUUUCUGUACUAAAGUGUGAAUUUUAUAGUUUUGAAUAUAUUUACUUGUUUUGCACAAAAGAAUAAAUAAAAAUUAUAUUUCAUUUUCCCCAUUAUAAAACUAAGAAAUUUCUGGAAAAUCUUAAUACUGCACCAACAUUUUACUUGUCUUGUUUAAGAUUAUUCAGUCAAGCUAACUUUAAAUUAUUUUUCUAUGACUCUUGGGGUUUGUAUGAAAUCUUUGUGCUGCUGUACACAGUUGUUCACACACGACUUGGAAAAAGAACUGAAAUAAACCAAGCUGCA